AGCGUCUUCGAGCUCGACAAACGAGCGUGUUCCUCCAAUGGCUGCGCCUGCGUCAGCGGCCUUACGCAAGGCGUGUACUGUGGAAAUUGCAUUGUAGGCGCCGGGACGUAUGCUGUGAAGACUAAGCGGGUUAAGAAACACGCGUUUGAAUGUAGCGCUAGUGGAGGGUGUUGCGAUUAUGGGGUUGCAAGUGAUUGUGGGAAGAAGAGUGCAAGGUGUAGGGAGGGAUCGCCU